CUUACGUCACUGCAUGUAACGAAUAAGAGGUGCAGCGUCCAGCCACCCCCUCCCAGGUCCACCUUGGAUAUACAUCCUCCGUACGUUAUAUCGAAGUAUUGAACACGUUGUGGCUGCGGCGUUAGGAAGAGCUUCGAAAUCAUCGAAACUUGACCGCGGAGUUGACACUAUGGCAUCUUUUAGUUUGCGUAUAUAUAUGGCUUGGGGCGUCGAUAGCAAAAUGACAUCUCAAAUCCAGCCAUAUCGUUCUCGCCAUUCGAAUCAUUCAACAUCAUACCUUUUUUUUAAAGUACACUAGAUUAGAAUCUAUCAACGACAACAUGUCCGACUCCCGCCUGUUCAAGCCUCUCAAGGUGGGCUCGAUCGAGCUCAAGAACCGCGUCGCUAUGGCGCCUUUAACGCGAUUCCGCGCCAGCGACGAGCACAACAUCCUGCCCAUGGCCGCCGACUACUACGGUCAACGGGCCUCUGCACCAGGAACUCUACUCAUCACUGAGGGCACAUUCAUCACCGAGAAGCACGGUGGUUACCCCAACGUUCCCGGUAUCUACAACCAAGAGCAAAUCGAGGCAUGGAAAAAAGUCACCGACGCCGUACACGCAAAGGGAAGCUUCAUCUACAUGCAGCUCUGGGCUGUCGGCCGCGUCGCAAACAAAGACUUUGCCCAAAGCAAAGGCAUCACAGUCAUGAGUUCGAGCGCGACACAACUCAACGAUGAGCACGCGGUACCAAAGGAAAUGACAAAAGAAGACAUCGACUCCACCGUCUCGGCACACGCCCAAGCGGCCAAAAACGCCAUCGCGGCUGGUUUCGACGGCGUGGAAAUCCACGGCGCAGGCGGCUACCUCGUCGACCAGUUCUCGCAAGACGCAUGCAACAAGCGCACCGACUCGUACGGCGGCAGCGUAGAGAACCGGUCGCGCUUCGCCAUCGAAAUCGCGCAGGCCAUCGUCGACGCUGUCGGCGCGGACCGCACAGGCAUCCGACUCUCCCCCUUCAGCGACUUCCAGGGCAUGAAGAUGGAGGACCCGAUCCCGCAGUUCUCCGACAUCAUCAAGAAGCUCAACAAGCUCAAUCUGGCAUAUCUGCAUCUCGUUGAAUCGAGAGAAACCGGCAAUGCGGACGUAGAAGGCUAUGAUGUGCUGAAUGACUUGUUCCCGCUGUUUGACGGCCCGCUUCUUAUCUCUGGCGGGCUUAAGCCGGAUUCGAGUAAGAGGCUUGUCGAUGAGGAUAUGAAGGAUCGCGAUGUUGUUGCCGUGUUUGGGCGGUACUUUAUUAGCACACCGGAUUUGGUGUACAGGCUUGAGAACGGUAUCGAUUUCAACCCGUAUGACCGCGAUACCUUCUACAAGGCGAAGAGCGCGGAUGGGUAUACGGAUUAUCCGUUCAGCAAGGAGUUCCAGGCCGCUAGCGCGAGUGCGUAGGAGUUGGAUGGUUUUUGCAUGUCCUCAAGUAAUGACGCUUUACGAUAGAAUUCAUGGUAGAUAGAUGGAAGGAGAUUGGAGACUCGGGUAGACUACCGUACUUAAUCAAAGAUGACUAGAAUCACUUGC